AUGUCGUCUGCCACAGCCGCCGCGAGGCUGCACAACCCCUUUGUGCCGAGCGCGUACGAUCUGCAUGUAAGCUUGGACCUCGAAAACUGGAGCUACGAGGGCAAGGAGACGGUGGUGCUGCGGCGAGUGCCGCACGUCGCGGCGUCGCGGGAGGUGCUGUUGCACUGCGGCAACUCCAUGAACGUUCACUCCGUCACCGGUGCCACCAUCACGGGGCGCGACGAGAAGGCAGAGACCCUGCGGCUGCUGCUGGAGGGGGAACCCGCGGAUACGCACACAGUGACCUUUGCGUUUUCCCACGAAGUUCGGGAAGAGAUGCGUGGCUUCUACCGCGUGGUCUUCAAAACCAGCGACGGUGUCGAGCACAGAAUGGCAGCGACACACUUUGAGCCGACUGCCGCAAGGCUUUUUUACAUUUGCCAGGAUGAACCCUCCGCACGCGCGGAUUUUACCCUGCGGGUUUCUUUUCCGACGGACAUGUCGGGAUUUAAAGUGUUGUCUAACGGCCCUCUCCAAUGCGUCCUGGUUGACGACGGCGCUGUGACGCAUGUAUUUGAGACCGUUCGUGCCAUUCCGCCGUACCUCACCGCCUGCUUUGUGGGGGAGCUUGAGAGAGCCAGCUACGACGGGUGCCGCGUACCUGUGAGUGUCUACACCACAGUUGGCAACUCGGGAAAGGCAUAUUUUGCCUUGGAUGCUGCUAUAUUUGCGUUUCAAUACUUUGAGAAGUUCUUUAAAUGCAAAUAUCCGCUGCCCAAGUUGGACCUUGUGGCGGUGCCUGACUUUCCCAUUGGUGGAAUGGAGAAUUGGGGCUGCAUUGCGUGUGUGGAGUCUAUUCUCUUGGACAAGCGGGUCGCCAGUGUCGCCUCACAGAAGUCAGUGACCUCGCUGAUCUGCCAUGAAGUCUCUCACAAUUGGUUUGGCAACCUUGUGACCAUCAACUGGUGGGAGGGGCUCUGGCUGAAGGAGGGGUUUGCCUCUUGGUGCGGGUACACCGCGGCCCACCACCUGCAGCCGUCGUGGAAGUGCAACGAGGAUGCCGCUAUGGAGGUGACCAGAGCCCUCGUAAGCGACAUGUACGAGCACAGCCAUCCGGUUGAGGUGCCUGUUAACGAUCCGGCCGAGAUCACGCAGAUAUUUGACGCCAUCAGCUACGACAAAGGUAUGGGGUUGGUCUUCAUGUUGCAGGCGUUUCUUGGCGAGCAAAAGUGGGAGUCUGCCGUGGCCCACUACAUCCAGAAGCACCAGUACAGUGACGCACGGACAAUUCAGCUCUGGCAAGCGCUGGAGGAGGACUCUGGCGUCCAACUCACCGAAGCCAUGCAGUCCUUUACGACGCAAAUGGGCUAUCCCAUCAUUCACGUCAGCCGUCCUACACCCAACACGGUGGUCCUGCGGCAGGAGCCUUGCCAGUUCGUGACGGCGGUGGAGCGAAAGAAAACGCUGUGGUGUGUGCCCAUCGUUCUUCAGGGCGUGGGUGGGGUGACGCACCGCGUCACGCUUCGCGGAAGUGAACCACAGCAAGUCGAGCUCCCAGCAGAACUUGCAGAGUCAGCGUGGAUUAACGCCAACCCUUCUGGAAAGGGCUUUUUUCGCUGCCGUUACGAUGAUGAUAUGUUUUCUGCGUUGUUGGGUGCUUACGGCGCCCUUACUACCCCGGACCGUCGCACUUUGAUCGCAGACACCCUGGCCUCCAUUUACAUGGGGAAUGAAGACGUUGCUCGCCUUGCCAUCUUCCCCUCACUACUGAGUGAAAGUGAAUCGGAUACGAGUGUCUGGGAAGAGUACUACAACACCAUGGAGGCUUUACUCGCCAUUUUGGAGGACAAUGGCGUGAGGAAUGACCUGCGACGCAAUCUCAUGUUUCACAUUGGCGAAAGGGCCACAAAGCUAUUAAAUACAGAGCCAACUACAGUGGAAGAACGCUUGGAGCGUGCCUUCUACAUUAAUGCUGCCCUCGCCACGGCGUUGAAAUGUAUGCCGUCGGAGGAGGCUCUGCAAUCUCCGACUGUGAAAUGGGCACUUAAUCAAGCGGAAAGUUAUAUGCAAGGUGGCGUGCAUUCGUUAGACACACUUGCCAUGUCUCUUUCAGCCUACGUGCGACUUGUCCCAAAUGAUGCGGCAGCGCGAAGCGCUGCCUUAUGGGAGCGCUACACCAUGCUUCGUGACAGUGAAGAGGCAGCUCGCUGUAUUCUGAGCGCCCUUUGUUGGGACAUAAAUCCUGAACGCGUUGAGGAAAUUGCAAGGAAGUGCAUCUACAAUACAGGCAUUCGUGCACAGUACGGUAGUGCAGUCUUUGCGAAGAUCGUCUCUAACCCCUCACUGCCGAAGGAUUACGCCUGGUCGCUCUUCAAGAAGCACUUCGAAGGGGUGGACAAGCAGUGGGGAAGAGGAGCCUUCCGCAUACAAACCAUUGUGGAGAAUGUUGCCUCCACCCUUACGGGAGAAACCCAGGGAAAGGAGUUCGAGGAAUUUUUUCAAAGUCAUUCGAUGCCUCACGCACGUUUGGCCAUACACCGUGCGGUGGAGGACAUUCGACUGCGUACGUGGCUUAGGUUCAACUGGGGCGUUGGGCCAAAGCUGAGCCAUAUUUUAUUCCCACUCUAA